AUGGGUGGGUGCGGAGGAAAGCCUUAAAAAAGAAAUAAAAAACCUUACGUUAUACCAAAAUCAUUAGAAUAGCAAUGUAUUACUAUUCCUAAUUUAGUUAAUGCUAUUGAAAUUGAUUUACUAUAUCUAAUAUAUUAGGACUUAGCAUCACGAAAUGUCGAAAACUUAGUCAACAAGACAGCUUUUACAGAUUUCUUCACAAUGAUUGGGUUGUGGGGUGAACUUGUUUUUGAAUAUUUUAACUAAGAGAACCAUAGCCUAUUGAAUUUUGAGCAAUUUUUAAAAGGAGUUGUUCAUUAUAUAAAAUGUGAUGAGGAUCAAAAAAUUCAACAUCUAUUUAAACUAUAUGAUCUAGAAAAACACGGAUUGAUCAGAAAAGGUGAGUUUCUGCAAAUGAUCUAAAACUACCCAAGAGAGGAUUUGAUCAAAUUGCUUGAUGACCCCAUGUUUUUGGAGGAUCUAAAAAUUCUCAAAUAUUAUGAGACAAAGGAGAUGAUCAACUAGAAAAAAUUAUAGCCAAAACGAGCUGAUGAAUAAGAGUUUACAGAAUCAGUGCAGGCAAUCCAGAGAAGAAGUUCUUUAAGUGGAGAAAUCUAAUCAAUCUAAGGGGCUAAAUCAGGUGAAUCUAUACAUGGAUCUUAAACUAAUUUGCCUGCUUUCAAUGAAUAAAGUGUUGUGAUGAUGUUCCCGAAUGAGAGUAUGAUUGGACCAACUGGUGUUCCAAUGGGAUAGUUUGGUUAAAAUAUAACUUUCAAUAUUAAUGGAAAAUUGGUUGAAUUAAAAAGAGUCAAUAUUAAUUAUCUAGUUCAUAAGUAUGUGAAUAUGAUUUAUAAACAUAAAGCAAAAAAUGAUUAGGGUUUAUCACUCGAAGAUUUCAAAUCUUUUGUAAAGCUGCAUCCUAAAAUAUUUGAAGGCCUUUAUAAAGCCUUUAACUUUGAUGUUUGGGGUGUUGAUGCUAAUUCUUCAGUUCCUCGUUCGAUGAUGACACCAAAGGAUCUUGAAGGAGAAGUCAAAAAAAUCAGCAAGAAAAACCCUAAAAUUUCAAAUCCCAGAUACUUUAAGUUGAUGCAAAGAUUCUGUCUAUCUUUUAAGAAAAAGGAAUCCCCUUUACCUUCAAAGAUAUUUUGCCUUGAUGGACUAACAAUAUAAGAGAAGGUUAACAACUAGGAGUAAUAAUAUGGAUUUGAAGUGUCUCAUAAAGAUAAAUUAUAUUAAACUAGAACAUAUAUGUGUUAAGAUUUCGAAGAUUAUAAAAGAUGGACAAACAGUUUAUAAAUGUUUCAAAAAGCCUCUGUGAAUGAUUAUUAUUCUAUCCUUUAGAAGAUUGGAGAAGGCAAAUUUUCAAUAGUAUAUCUUUGUGAAUGCAAAAAGGAUAGACAAACAUUAGCUAUAAAAAUUAUUGAAAAGUUUAAAUUAUCAAAAUCAGAAAAAUUAAUGCUUGCUCAUGAGGUAGAAAUCAUGAAAUUGCUUAAUCACUCUUGUAUUGUCCGUUUCCAUGAAAUUAUUGAAACAAAAACUCAUUUAAACAUCAUUACUGAAGUCGUUAGAGAUGGAGAUUUAUUUGAUUACAUAAUUAAAAAUGAGAAUAUUAAUGAGCAAGAGGCAUCCUUAAUAAUGAGUCAGCUUUUUGAUACUCUAAAUUAUGUUCACAGCGUUGGCAUUGUUCAUAGAGAUUUAAAACCAGAAAAUAUUAUGAUUGUUUUGGAUACUACGAAAAAAAAUGUUAAAUAGGUAAAAAUUAUUGAUUUUGGUUUUGCCAACUUUUUGACGAAUAUCUAAACUAAAGAAGGAGAAGCUCUUUGCGGAACCACUAAUUAUUUGGCACCUGAAAGUUUGGAAUAAAAGAAAAUAGAUUUUAAAGUUGACAAUUUUGCUUUGGGAGUUAUCCUAUACUUUUUACUUUCAGGUUACUUACCCUUUGAUUCUGAAUUUCCAGAGGAUAUUAUAAAAAAUAUUAUUGAAUGCAAAUAUGAUCUCUAAGAAGAAUUUUGGUAAUAGAUUUCAGAGGAUGCAAAAGAUUUAAUAAAGAAAUUAUUAAUCAAAGAACCUGAAGAAAGAAUCACUUUACAAACAGCUUUAGAGCAUCCAUGGAUUAAAAACCGAAAUUCAUUGCCUAUAAAGAAAGCCUAAAGAGUCAAUAAAAGAUUAGGUUUAUUUUGA